AAAAUGCAGUGAGCUCGUAGUGCUCCUACAAAAGCAGUUCCACAGGACUCAACAAUGGGUGCAAGUCUGUGGAAGUUAUUAUUAUUGUUCGCUUUCCUUUUCGGCAAAGGUAGUGCGCACGAGUGCGCGCAACGUAGUUUCGGCCCAGACAGAAUCGUAUGCGUUUGUAAUGCAACUUACUGCGAUAGUACACCGGAUAACGACCCAAAAAUACCUCCAAAUGGAACCUACUACUGGUACGUCUCGACUCAAGACGGACUCAGGUUGGAUUUGAGAAAAGGGAAGAUCAAUUCUUGCCAAAACUCUUUACUUUCAUUUCUCACUACGGAACUCGACAUAGAUACGACGAAAACGUACCAAACGAUCCUUGGUUACGGUGCUGCAUUUACAGACUCAGCUGGAAUAAACGUCAAGAGGCUCAGUCCAGCUACACAGGAUCAAUUAAUCCGAGCGUAUUACGAUCCGGUGUUAGGAAGCAGAUAUUUACUAGGACGAAUACCGAUCGGUGGAACUGAUUUCUCAACGCGACCGUACACAUACGAUGAUCAUGCUAACGAUACCACGCUAGCACAAUUUGCCCUCGCUCCGGAAGAUUACAGUUAUAAAAUACCGUUUCUACAGAAAGCGCUUGAGUUAAAUCCUGAAGUGAAAUUCCUCAGUGCCGCGUGGACUGCUCCGGCGUGGAUGAAAACUAACGAUAAUCUCAAGGGAUUUGGUUUCUUGAAGAAAGAGUAUUACCAACUGUAUUCCGACUAUCUAUUAAAAUUUCUGGAUGAGUAUAAAAAGAAUGGAAUAGACGUAUGGGCGGUUUCCUCGGGUAACGAACCUAUAAACGUAAUCGUACCGUUCGAUCCCCUGAUUACCAUGGGAUGGACUCCGGACACGAUGGGUGAAUGGAUCGCGGAAAAUUUUGGCCCGACGCUUGCCAACUCCAAACAUAAUAACACCGUGAUAUUGACGCUGGACGAUCAAAGAGUCGAAUUACCCUGGUUCAUCCAAGCGUUGUUUCAAAAUGAAAAGGCGAAGAAAUAUAUCGCCGGCACGGCCGUCCAUCCCUACGCUGAUUUCUUGGUCGGACCGGAAGUAUUAGACAAAACGCAUGAUCUUGACCCAGAUAAAUUUAUCCUGUUGACUGAAGCAUCCAUUGGAUCGGAGGUACUAAUCCCGUUUCUCAAAGUGAUACCAGGAUCGUGGGAUCGAGGAAAACAGUACAUGCAAAGUAUAAUUCAGUACAUGAACCAUUGGUCGGUCGGGUGGGUAGACUGGUGUUAUGCCCUUGACCCACAAGGCGGACCAACCUAUAUUAAAAAUUACCUGGACUCGCCGAUUAUUGUCAGUGAGGAUACUGACGAGUUCUAUAAGAAUCCGAUGUACUACGCGAUCAAACAUUUCAGUAGAUUCGUCGAUAGAGGUUCGGUCAGGGUAUCCAUUAGCGAUUCGCCACUUGUUAAAGCCACGGCAUUCGUUACACCCUCGAAGGAAGUCGUUACCGUCUUAUACAACGAGAAUCCCUUCUCUACUUCAGUUAGCCUGAACGAUCCGAAUAUUGGCUCCGUCUGUUUGGAAUUACCAGGAGACUCCAUGAAUACUAUUAUUUACGCGUCAUAGGAAAACAGCGAUUAUGACGAACUCUGUUAUUAUCUGGACCUUACAUUACCUUUAUGAUGAUGCAUAAUUAACUAAAAUAAAAGAAAAAAAGAACUGCAAUAAAUUUAUGUAUUCUAUUUUCUAA